AACCAUAUCAAACACAAAUCCAUCUCAAACUCAAAACUCUUCUCACAAAACCAACCAUUUUUCGAUCGAUUUGUAAACCGAAAAGUUCAUCAACUUAUACAUGGAUCCACUCAGAAUACAGGCCUACAAGAUUCAUGCCAUCAAGAAGCACAAGAGGCAACAGUUCAUGGGUACCAUUCUACUAUACACCAUCUCAACAUUAGCUUGUACCUUGUUGUGUUCUAGUCCCUUAUGGUAUCCUCCGUUUUGCGCCACUUUCAACGUCGUUUUCUUUCUCUUCCUCCCAAAGAUAUGUUCCUUCUUCUUCACUAGCAAGGUUUUGUUCGUUGUGGGCAACCUCAUUGUCGUCUUUCUCGUGGGAGAAUCCAAGUUUUUCGCCUCCAAGUCUACCCCGGCCAAUUCACAUGCUAGCUACAGUGAUGUUUGUUAUGACAAGUACAAAUGCAAGACCCAAAACCCUCAAGUUUUGCCAAAGAAAGGGACGGCAAAAGCGAAAAGUUUCAGUAUCAAUGAUGACGAGAAAAGAUUGGAAACGGAAGGCGAAGAGAAUGUAGAGGAAGUAGAACAUGAGGAUUUAGAGGUAAAUUUGGGUGCAGAAGAGUUGAACAAGUUGGCUGACGAUUUUAUUGCCAGGAUUAACAGGCAAAGAAGACUUGAAGCUGAAGUUACUAGGGGUUAAGGAUCUAACUUUCUGAUGUAUAACAUGUUGUGAUCGAUAACCUCGUGCACUGGCAACUUUUGAUCGUAACUUUUAUCGAUCUCGAAGAUGAUUGGUUCAUAGAUGUUGGGAGUUAUAUAGUAUAAGCUAAUUUGGGUGUAUUUAGAUAUAUAAUUCAAUAAUAUGUUCAUAAAUUUGAAUAGAACAAUUGGUUUAUGUAAUAAACUUGAAGCACCCUUGGAUGGAUCAACCAUGAUGUUCCUACUUCUUUAUGUUUAUACUGCCAAUGAGAUUUGGCUCG